ACGAAAAACCGUAGAAGAAGUCAUAAGGCGAAGCCAUAAGAAGGAAGACGCAAAAUAGCAUAGUUCAAAUUGAUCAAAUACAGAGAUGCAGUUGGCGUUAAGUAAAACAUUUGGUCAGAAGCCAGUUAAAUUCCAACUGGAGCAAGAUGGCGACUUUUACAUGGUUGGUUCGGAGGUGGGAAACUAUCUACGUAUGUUUCGAGGCUCUUUAUACAAAAGAUAUCCAUCGUUAUGGAGGAGGCUGGCCUCAGUGGAGGAGAGGAAGAAAAUUGUUGCAUCAUCUCACGCCACCAGUGUUACUCUGCUGAAGGCAUCGGAGUGCGAGGAGAUCUUUGAGGGCAACGAUGAGAAAUACAAGGCAGUGUCCAUCAGCACGGAGCCCCCUGUGUACCUCAGGGAGCAGAAAGCGAAGAGGAGCAGUCAGUGGGUCCCGACACUGCCCAACAGCUCCCACCAUUUAGACGCCGUGCCUUGUUCCACAACCAUCAACCGCAACCGCAUGGGUCGUGACAAGAGGAGGACCUUCCCGCUGUGCUUUGAUGAUCAUGAUCCUGCAGUGAUCCAUGAGAAUGCUGCCCAGGUUGAGGUCUUGGUUCCCAUUCGCCUUGACAUGGAGAUAGAUGGGCAAAAACUCAGAGAUGCCUUCACAUGGAACAUGAAUGAAAAACUGAUGACCCCAGAGAUGUUUGCAGAGAUUUUGUGCGAUGACUUGGACCUGAAUCCUCUGGCUUUCGUCCCUGCCAUCACAUCAGCCAUACGUCAACAGAUUGAGUCGUACCCGACUGACAGCAUUUUAGAGGAGCAGGCAGACCAGAGAGUCAUUAUCAAGCUCAACAUUCACGUAGGAAACAUUUCUCUGGUGGACCAAUUUGAAUGGGACAUGUCGGAACGUGAGAACUCUCCUGAGUCGUUUGCACUGAAGCUGUGCUCUGAGCUAGGUCUUGGAGGAGAAUUUGUUACUACCAUCGCCUACAGCAUCCGAGGACAGCUAAGCUGGCACCAGAGAACAUAUGCCUUCAGUGAGAACCCGCUCCCCACUGUGGAGAUUGCCAUUCGUAACACAGGCGACGCAGACCAGUGGUGCCCCCUCCUGGAGACACUCACAGAUGCCGAAAUGGAGAAGAAGAUCCGAGACCAAGACAGGAACACACGACGAAUGAGACGACUGGCCAACACCGCUCCAUCCUGGUAAGGCCGGACGUCUGAAAGCACGCCUGCCCAGACCUCUUCCAGAUGAUUGAGAAUACUCACCCAUGAAUAUCCCAGGGUUUUGUUUUUUUUUUCAAUGAACAUAUUCACAUGAAAUUGAAUAUGAAAAGAGAUUGCAACAUAUGUACAAACUAAUAAGCAUCAUCUUUCACUUGUUUUAUUAUUGCAAGUUCAACUCCAGUGAAAUUUCAGUUCAUCAAGGAACCAGUCUGUUUGUUUAUUUCUCUCUGAAGAUACCAGAGUGUGUGUUCUUUUUCCAGCUUAUUGUAUGAAAUCAUUUCACUGACAACUAACCUUUGCAAUUUGUCUAAGCAAAAAUAGAGCAUGGCAACUGAUACAUUUUUAGAAGCCUCUCAUCACAUUUCACAUCAAUCCUUGCUAUCAAUGACACAAUUUCCUCAAAUGUGAGACAUGAAUAAGACACCCCAUUAAAUAUUGACGUCUUCAAUAAUGGAAACAUCAGUAAGUAGAUCUUUCAUAUUAUAUCUGCAGAUAAGCUGUCAUUGCAUCACAUUUGUGAAAAUGACGACAAAUUCACUCAUUUCACAAAAAAUAUGAACAAAGAUGCAAAUUCCUACUGAGGAAAAGCAUCCCAUGCAUUUUCAUAUAUGACACAUUCUCCAAACCUGCUGACUAAAAAACCUCACAAAGUUGAGGUUGAGGUGGUUUUUUUUUUAAAGUUUGAACAAUAGUGGCAAAUAAAACCUUGCACUCAGUGAAGUAUGUCAGUGAAAACAAUGGUGAUGAUUGGACACCGCAUGAUUUUUAGUUAUCAAUACAUAAUUGACUUAAUAACGCCCCUGUAACUAUGGUAAUGGUUUAAUAUUAUUUGAACGUGCAUACAAGUUACAAUGGAAUACAUCACAUAGUCACUAUAGCCUAGCUGCGUGCUUUGCAGCUGGUGUGUUAUCCGUGUAGCAGAAAUCGUGUGUGUACCUUGCAGACAUCAGUAACCUCAAUAGUGACUUCUACUGCAAAUCAUUUUACAGGAUGCAAUUGCACUUCACAAACAGAAACACUCAAUAAAACCGUGAUAUUCCUGUCAGGUUUUUGUGUUGUUUUUUUCCAAUAUUCAGGAUGAAAUCAUCUAUCAAGAAAAAAACUGAAGUUAUCAAAGAUUCAUUUUAUCGGCAACACACCUCAAUUACAACCAUGGAAUUUCAAUUUCACCUACCACUAACUAUUUUAAAUAUGCAUACAGGUAGAAUAGAAGGUCCUUGUAAACAUCUCUGCAGGUUCCAACAACGUGUCAUAUAACCACAUGCAGUCGUCUCUCGCUGUUUGAAUAUCACUAGAAAUGUUACAAAAUUUUGAAAUAUGUAAAAUCAAGUCUGUGACUAAUUAUAUCUGGUAAAACACGACUUGAACUUUAAUUUGAUACCUCAUUCACUUCUCUACCCCAAGUAUUAAAGAAGUUAGAGCACAUUUCAUACCGGAAAAUAGUGCCUUUGGUUCCCAUUGCUUUAAUAUCGAGUCAAGACCAAAGCUGUGAUCGACCCACAGGCCAUAGCAAGUGCAAUCGUACUACAAAAUAUAUAAUGACUUGGCUGUGACAGUCAACAGAGUAGCCAUUUACAUUUUUUGGUAAUCAAAAAGUCCAGGGAAGAAAAUAAAGUGUCGUAAUUUUCAUGUAGGCCUCACACUCUUAGUGCAGCAGCACGCUGUAUUGGUUUCCAUGCCACACUACAAAUUGCAUGUACACAAAUUCUGGGCCAAGAUGAACAUAUAUCAGAUUUGAAUGAAAUUUCAUCUGCAGAUGGAUAUUAAAGUGGAUUUAUAUCCUACAUACCUUUUUUAAUCUUGUCCUGAACCUCCACUCAGUGAGUUUGAAAGUUGAACUUAACUUUUGAAGCACUCAUAUGACUCGAUGUGGUCCAACACUCAGAGAAAUUGAAGAGGAAGAAGUAAUCUACCUAACAAACAUGUAUACAAAUGAAAAUACACUCGAUAUCAUGUGGAAAAAAUGGCAUUUUAAGGACGUCCCCACGGACUCUCCCAGUGGGCACGCACAGUGUCCGAUUUUUACAUUGCUAAAAUAAAGGGAUUGUAACAUUCCUGCUAUAUCUCGUUUUUUCAAGAAAUAAUAUUGCUUUUUCAUGGUUGACUAUGGCCUAUUAUCAGUGGAAGAAAUAUUGAAAGACAAGUUAUUAUGUAGUAUUCUGGUCACUAGGCAUCAGUAGUGUUAUGAUACAUGGCCAUAGAUUGCCUUUCACACUGCAUGGAGACUGGCUGCUGAGCCAGCAGAGCUGAGCCGACAUGCCAUGGCUGAGAUUGAAUGGAAAAAAGGCUCUCCUCUCAUUCGUGUGGAUAAGU